AGACAAGGUGAAGAACGCCUGUCGGAAAUUGACAAGUCGCUCGAUCUGUUACGUACAAUGAAUAGGAAGUAGGUAGAAUGGUGCGCUUUAAAAAGAGGUAUUUGUUGGUGGACAUUUCAUGUAAAGACGGAAAGGUUGAUGAGAGAAUCGAUGGAAGAAUAUUGUUUGACACUGUGAAGAAAGCCGUGACAUCAGCUCAUGGAGAUUAUGGAAUGGCUUGUGUUGCUCGCUCAUUGAAAGUGAAGUAUUUAAACUCUGUCACUGGGGUGGCAUUUAUUGCAUGUGCUAGAGACUAUUAUAGGAUGGUUUGGUCAGCAGUCACCUUCAUAAGAACCAUAACAAUAAAAAAUGAUGUUCAUCCAUGUGUGUUCCGAGUUCUUCAUGUAGGAGGUACAAUUCUCUCCUGUCAAAAGUUCUUAAUACGUCAUAAUAAAGACCAGCUCCUCCAGUUGUUACAGAAUUGCAAAACACCAGUUGAAAGGAAAAAGGUAUUGAAGAUCAUAAAGAAAGCAGAAAAAGAAGAGGUUUCACUGGGAUCUGUGUUAAAAGGGAACAGAAAAACAACAGAAAAUAGAAGGAAGAAUUAUGCCAUUGCACAUGACGAUGAACAUUUUGACUCAGAUUGAUGACGAGUUGUUUGAAACAUUCUUCUUCCCAAUGGAAAGAAAUUUGAAAUAAACAAGAGAGCUCAACUCGAGCUAAUUAUGAGGAGACAGUUUUGCAAAGUUAAAUGUUUGGUGUACAAAAGUGAGAAAACAUUCAAACGGAAAAUUUUAGAAUUGAGUAAAUGUAGCUGAGUAAAGACCCAGGGUUGAAGCUAACAAAAUGGCUUGUCGGUUGAGGAAGCCAUUCAGCCUGCUGUGUCCAGUCAAUUGCAACAUCUUGUCUUCUGACAAUCCGAAACAGAGAGAGACACUAUAGAACAGUUUUAAAACCAGUGAAUUCAAAGCAAUACUUCAUUUUACCUUUAAUAAUUCUGUGGCUUAGAUGUACUAGUUUUCCAAUUAUUUUCCCAUUUUUGUUUUCAAACCACAAGGUAUAUUUUUUUCACUUGAGCUGUAAAAAAAAAUCAAGACUCAUCUGUCAAGUGAUUGCCAGCCAAAAUUUAGCCUGUGAUUGCCUCUUUCUCACCCAACGAAUUUUGCCAGCUGCCAGUGCUUAACAACAACCCUGUAUGUCUUUGAGUAAAGACCAACACUAUUUUGGACCCAAGCCAUCUUCAGCCCUUUAACUCCCAGAAGUGAUUGACUAGUAACUUCUCCAAAUGAUAUCCAUAAAUUAUCCAACAAAAAGGUAAUGAGAAUACUCAAACUAAUCAGGAAGAAGUUGUUACCUUGAUCAAACACCAAAUUCUUGCAACUAAUUUACAGGGAAAUGUGUAGCAGUUAGAGGGGAGAAUUAACAAUCAGAUCUUGGGAGUUACAGGGUUAGAUUGCCUGUUCUAUUUACAUGAGUCUUAUCCUUAGUUAGUGUUAACAGUGCUUUACUUUAUUUUAAUCUUGUUGAAGCAUAAAGUUGUCAUAUUCUG